GGAGAAGGGAAGGGAGCGCCGCGGGAGAGGUUGGACGGUGGAAGUGGCGCCAGAGAGGUUUGUGCCCAGCAGAGACACCCAGGUCGCUCAGGGCAGUGUCGGGGACUCCUUGGAGACAGUAGGAAGGGGCUCCUCGCGGGGUGGCGGAUUUCUAUCCCGUUGACUUUGUAGAGUGAGGUUGACCCUGUGUUCGGCUUUGGCCGGGAAGGGCGCAGAAGCGGGACCUCAGGACACUUUUACGCAGGGAGAUUCUCAGAGACUACAAAGCCUGCGCCCUGCGUCCUCGCAGGCGCAGUAUUCUGGGAUCAGUGUCUUUUCUCUGUUCUCGUCCUCAACGCAGCCAAAGUCGUGGAUAUGUGGUGACAGAAAAACAUUUGGCUACAUAACUGAGCUAGGCUGGAGUGUGAAAUCGCGGCGUGUGAUUUGGUCCGGGCGCCCUACAUAGCAACCCCACCCCUUCUCGCCCCCAACCCCCCCGCCACGCCGGACACGGUCAGGCAGGCGUUCCCCCAACCCGCCCCUUGUGAAGUCCACCUGCUGAGACUGAUACGGAUCCCCUGCGAACUUGAUGCUGUCCGCUUGGAAAACGUGGAGAACUUUCAGAGGAGGGGUUAUUUUGCCUUGAGUGGAAAUUAAGACUCAAAGGAAAAGAAUAGCUCUCCAGACCCCCAGCUGGCCAUGUGGUGAGUUCAGGGCCCAAAUCAAGUAGUACCAGCUAUCAGGGAACUCCUUCUAUCUGUUUUGAAUGGAUUCAUACCAGUCACAAGCCUGGAAAGAUGGUAUCACAGUCUACAGUCAGGCAGGAUUCUCCUGUGGAGCCCUGGGAAGGGAUCAUCGAUCACUCUGGCAUUAUUGAUGGUUCGCCCAGACUCCUGAACACUGACCAUCCUCCUUGCCAAUUAGACAUCAGGCUCAUGAGGCACAAAGCUGUCUGGAUUAACCCCCAGGAUGUGCAGCAACAGCCGCAGGACUUGCAACCUCAGGUGCCAGCAGCAGGGAACAGUGGGACCCAUUUUGUGACAGAUGCUGCCUCUCCCUCAGGCCCUUCACCUUCGUGCCUCGGGGACUCCCUGGCAGAGACAACAUUGUCUGAGGAUACCACAGACUCCAUUGGCAGAGCUUCUCCCCAUGACUUGAGUGAAAAGAGUAGCAGCUUCUCUUUGUCCUCAACAGAAGUACACAUGGUCCGCCCAGGAUACUCUCAUCGGGUGUCUCUGCCCACAAGCCCUAGGAUUUUGGCCACCUCCCCAUAUCCUGAGACUGACAGUGCUUUUUUUGCGCCUUCCCAUCUGACAUCUUCUGCUGAUGAAGGUGCUGUUCAAGUCAGUAGAAGAACCAUUUCUUUGAAUUCCUUCUCACCAGAGGUAUUUGUGCUGCCUGUUGAUGUAGAAAAGGAAAAUGCCCACUUUUAUGUUGCAGAUAUGAUUAUAUCAGCAAUGGAGAAAAUGAAGUGUAACAUUCUGAGUCAACAGCAGACAGAGAGCUGGAGUAAAGAAGAAGUCAGUGGGUUACUUGGGAGUGAUCAGCCUGACUCUGAAAUGACUUUUGAUACCAACAUAAAGCAAGAGUCUGGGUCUUCUACUUCUUCAUACAGUGGCUAUGAAGAUUGUGCUGUGUUACAGGUCAGCCCAGUGACUGAAACACGUACUUACCAUGAUGUGAAAGAGAUUUGCAAAUGUGACGUUGAUGAAUUUGUUAUUUUAGAGCUUGGAGAUUUUAAUGAUAUCACAGAAACCUGUAGCUGUUCCUGCAGCUCUUCUAAGAGUGUCACUUAUGAGCCAGACUUCAAUUCUGCUGAACUAUUAGCCAAAGAGCUGUACCGCGUGUUCCGGAAGUGCUGGAUACUGUCAGUAGUUAAUUCUCAGCUGGCAGGUUCCCUGAGUGCAGCUGGCUCGAUAGUUGUAAAUGAAGAGUGUGUCCGAAAAGACUUUGAAUCCAGUGUGAAUGUAGUACAGGAAAUUAAAUUUAAGUCUAGGAUCAGAGGGACUGAAGACUGGGCUCCUCCUAGAUUUCAAAUAAUAUUUAAUAUUCAUCCACCACUCAAGAGGGACCUUGUGGUGGCAGCCCAGAAUUUUUUCUGUGCUGGCUGUGGAACUCCAAUAGAGCCUAAGUUUGUGAAGCGGCUCCGGUACUGCGAAUACCUAGGGAAGUAUUUCUGUGACUGCUGCCACUCAUAUGCAGAGUCCUGCAUCCCUGCCCGAAUCCUGAUGAUGUGGGACUUCAAGAAGUACUACAUCAGCAAUUUCUCCAAACGGCUGCUCGACAGCAUAUGGCACCAGCCCAUUUUCAAUUUGCUGAGCAUCGGCCAAAGCCUGUAUGCAAAAGCCAAGGAGCUGGACAGAGUGAAGGAAAUUCAGGAGCAGCUCUUCCAUAUCAAGAAGCUGUUGAAGACCUGUAGGUUUGCUGACAGUGCAUUAAAGGAGUUCGAGCAGGUGCCGGGACACUUGACUGAUGAGCUUCACCUGUUCUCCCUUGAGGACCUGGUCAGGAUCAAGAAAGGGCUGCUGGCACCCUUACUCAAGGACAUUAUGAAAGCUUCCCUUGCACAUGUGGCUGGCUGUGAGCUGUGUCAAGGAAAGGGCUUUAUUUGUGAAUUUUGCCAGAAUACGACUGUCAUCUUUCCAUUUCAGACAGCAACAUGUAGAAGAUGUUCAGAAAAGGUUGCCGACCCUUCUACGGUAUUAGUGCCCGAGAGAAUCCCGUGUUCUGUAAGCUCUGUUUCAUGGGAGAGAUCCUGCGUGCAGGGCUUGCUUUCACAAACAGUGCUUCCAGUCCUCCGAGUGCCCCCGGUGUGCGAGGAUCACAGCAAGGAGAAAACUUCUGGAAAGCAUGGCCUCUGCAGCAACAUGAUGCCCCUGAGAACUGUGAAAAAGACUGUUCAACAUGCCUUAUGAUAACACCGAUUUGUGUCUAUUAUUGGUGACAUUGUUUGAGAUAUCGGGUAUUGUAUAUUAAGGAAAAAGAUGGUCUAUAUUCUCUUUAUUGCAUAUACUUAAUGUUUCAAAAGAAUGCAGAUUCUGUGAUUAAGCACAGGGUUGAUAGUGGUUUUGUUUACAAAUGUUCUGUUUUGGCUGCUAUUGGUUUUUCAAAGAGGUUUUUAUACUUUUGUAUUUGAAUAGUUAUGUUUCACUGAUGCUGAGCCAGUUUGUGUAUGUGUGCAUAUGUAUGAACUGUAACAGACAAGAUGAAUUACUCUGGUCAGAGUAAUUCUCUUCCUCUAAAGCUUGUUUGAUGAAACUGGUUGGUCCUUUCAGUGAACAAAAAUAUGACCCCAAA